AUGUUCGACUCUACAGAAGCAUCAGUCGCCAGGCUUCGGCUGCCCAGACUUGACACCAGCGUGGUCAACACGCCGGUUCAGGAGCAGCUCCAUCGCGAGGAGCCUGUCCCCGAGCUUCUUGUCGAGGACCGCCUUCUCUCAGCAGUCUCCAACGUUCUCGACAUAUCAAGACACUCCAUCGACCUCAUCGACUCUUUCACAGAUCUCGGCGGCAACGAAACCUCCGCCCAGGAACUCCGGAAACGGUGCAUGUCCGUUGGGCUCGGACUCAAGACGAGCGAUAUCCUCCGCUGCCAGACCCUCGCUGAGCUUCAAACCUGUGCCACCCCGUUCGCCCCUGCAGAGCCGCUCGAAUCUAACGAGGGAGACCUCGCCAGUGACGCCUCUGAGGUGUCCAGCGACGUAAUGAGGAAGAGUAGCGACGAAAAACUGCACUCACAUCAACAAAUCCACGCACCCCAGGAGACGGAUGACCGUCACGCGCUCGAGCGGCUCAUCAUGUCGACGCCCGAAGUAUCUGGGGCCGCUGUUGUUCGGCCCAAAGCCGGCUUUCUCGAGGGCAAGCUCAUCGCCUUUGUGAGCCUUAAUAACUCACGCCUAUCCCAAUACAGCCUAUCCACGAUCCAUGUCAUCUCUCAAUCACAGAUGCAUUUUGCCGGCAGUCAAAUCGCCGCCAUCCGCCUCGCUCUUGAACAGACGGCAAGCGAUAUCACGCUACCCAGCAACUGGAUUGUUCUCGAUCAAAUGCCAGUCACCGCCGAUGGAAUUGUCGACCGGAGGAAACUCCAAACCUGGGUCCAGAACAUGAACGAGAGCAUGUACAAGCAAGUUACGAGCCUCGAAUCGGACAAGUUGUUCCAGGAGCCUCUGACAGACAUGGAGCGCACUGUCCAGAAAGCUGUCGCUCGCGUUCUUAGGAUACCUGAGCGCGAAAUAGGCAUGAACUUCUCCUUCCCCCAACUUGGCGGCGAUGAAGUAUCGACUAUGCUGCUCGUCGCCGCAUGCCGCACUCAAGGUGUCUCCCUUCGACCAGAGGACAUUAUGCAGAGCGCUACACUAUCUCAAAUGGCUUCGCUCGCGUCCUACAAGGUCGCCGUCGGUAACCAUUGGAGUGAAGAGUCACUCGAGGGCUUCAAGCUGUCGCCCAUGCAGCAGCUCUAUUUCGACACGGCAACAGGCGGCCGCAACGAGAUGCGUACGCGAACCGACGGCAGCUAUCGCUUCAACCAAAGUCUGUUGCUUCGCAUCACAAGCAAUGUCAGUCUCGAGGAUAUCCAUGCCGCCAUGGAAACCGUCGUGGCGCAUCAUUCGAUGUUGCGUUGUCGCUUUCGCUGCGAAGACGAUGCAUGGACUCAACGGAUCAUUCCUGAUGUUCAGGGUUCGUAUGGCUUUGGCUACCACCACGUGAACGAUUACGGUGAUGUAUUCAUGAUCAUUGAGAAGGCCCAAACCCAGAUCAAUAUCGAGAAUGGACCCGUUUUCGCCGUCGAGCACUUUCGCACGCCUGACGGUCAGCAGUUGAUUUACCUCGUGGCCCACCAUCUCGUCAUCGACCAACUCUCCUGGAGGAUCCUCAUUCAUGAUCUUGACGAAUUACUUAGAGAGGGCACGCUCUUCUCCGAGAGGUCCAUGCCUUUUCAGACAUGGAACGAACUUCAGGAGGACGAGGUUACCCGUACAGGUGAGGCGUCGCCUUUACCAUUUGACCCCGUCAGCUGUGACUUUGCCUACUGGGGACUCGAGGAGUCGCUCAACACGUAUGGCGAGGCCCAUGAAAUCAGUUUCUCCAUCAGCGCCGAACUGACUUCGAUUCUGCAUACAACUUGCAAUCAAGUCUUCCGGACGGAUUCUGCUGACAUCUACAUGACGGCUCUCCACCUCUCUUUCUGCCAGACCUUCCCAGAUCGACCAUCGCCGACAAUCUGGAACAAGGAACACGGCCGCGAACCCUGGAACACCGACGUAGACAUUACCGAGACAGUUGGCUGGUUCGCCUCGCUGUGCCCGAUAGGUCUCCGGUCGACCAACAGCGAGGACUUUCUCCACGUCCUGCGUGACUUGAAGGACACACGGCGAUCCCUGGCCCACCGCGGCUGGGACUAUUUCGCCUCCCGUUACUUUGGGGCCUACGCACCUACGCGCUGCGCAGAAGGUUGGCCUUUCGAGAUCAUGUUUGGUUACAAUGGUUCAUUGCGCCAGCUCGAGAGGGAGAACGGCGCCUUGGAACAGGUUCCCAUUCCUGGACCUUCUGUAGGGACGUCCGUCUCCAACUUUGGACACGAGGUUAGUAGGAUGGCUCUCUUUGAGGUGUCCAUGUCUACAGAUGACAGCGGUUGUGCCAAGGUCGACUUUGUGUAUAACAGGUUGUCGAGUCAUCAAGAAAGAAUCGGAGACUGGAUCCAGACAUUCGAGCAUCUCCUAUACGAGGCAGUCGGCAGGCUACGCUACAGGGCCCAGGAACUCACCCUCGCUGACGUGCCCCUACUCAACACCGACUACGCGGGCCUAACCAAGUUGAAUACCGACAGACUUGUGGCACUUGGUCUCUCGAGUGCACGCGAUAUUGAAGACGUAUACCCCGUCACGGCUACUCAGCAGCAAAUCCUGAUCAGCCAGACCUUGUCCCUCGAGACAUGCUACAGCACCAACCUCUACGAGCUCACCCUGCUGAACGGUACGCAAGCUGACCAGUCGCACAUCUGUUCCGUCUGGCAGCAGAUUGUCGCCAAGUUCCCGGCACUUCGGACCGUCUUCAUCGACAGUAUCUCCUUAGAUGGGCUGUUUGACCAGGUCGUCCUUCGCCAAUGCUCACCCAACAUGCUGUUCUUCGACGCAGCGCCCGGAGACGAUCCCAUCUCGGCCCUCAAGAAUUUGCCCGAUUUUCCAACCAACCCAGCUCAACCCCGCCAUCGACUUUCGGUCUGUAACUCCAACCAAGGCACAUAUAUCAAACUGGAGGCCAGCCAGGCUCUGUGCGACAUGUUCAGCAUGCAGCUUCUCGUCGCAGAUCUCAGGAGGAUAUACAACUCGGGACGCAGUGACAACGACGCACCGAAUGGUCUCCAGCAAUCCAUCGGUUGUUUCGCAAACACCAUUCCUUGUGCUAUGGACUUAUGGGCUUACCAAUCCAUUGAGGCAAUUGUUCGUGAUGCCGAAGAGGAUUUUGCAUCUUGUCUCGCUCAUGAACAUAUCGGAGCUUCCGAGAUUGAGCAUGCUCUUGGCCUCAAGGGCGAGACGCUCUUCAACAGCUGCUUCACGUACAUGGAAGAGCCGCCUGUGCUAAAGAGUCGCUUCAGCAGCACGCGCCCGCAGAUGGAUCUGAAGUGCGUACAGUCUUUCGAUUCCUCGGAACACGACAUCUCCAUCGUGGCCUUGUUUGUGGACGGAAACCUAGCUUGUAGCGUCUCAGACCGUAUUCUCUCAAGCCAGCAAUCCUGGAGCGUCACCAUGUCGUUUUUCCAGGCUGUGAAGGCCAUUGUCAACAGCCCCCUUGUCUCGAUUGGCGGGCUAGACUUGUCAAUGGAGAAAAACAAUGCGUUACUGGGUUCCGAACGGGUUGAGUUACUCGAGCCGUGCAUCCACAGCCUCUUCUCGAAUCGUGCAAGAACAUCUCCAGAGGCUCCGGCAGUUUGCGCCGGAGAUGGCGAUUUCUCAUACCGGUCAUUAGCGCGCCUGGUGCAACGGCUAGCCUCAUAUCUCAUGCAAUGGGGCGUCAGACCUGGCGUCGCUGUGCCUUUAGUCCUGGGAAAGACAAGGUGGUCGAUUCUGACGAAACCUAGGGCUGGCGGAUGCAUCGUUCCGGUCGACGGUGAAGACAGCGGCAUGGUCGAGGCCGUGAUCAAGCAGGUCAACCCACAGGUCAUCCUCGUCACCGAAUUGAUAGGAUCGAAGCUGCACCUCUUCAAUGACAGCGUCAUUGUUGUUAACGAAUCAUUAUUCUCAACCCACCUGCAAGCUGACUCGCCGACACGCAAAGCAUCGGGCGAUGAUGUUGCGUGUAUUCUGUUCCCCGCCGGCUCCAGUCGAAUGAAAGAACUCCGUGGCUUCGCCUACUCUCACACUGCCCUUUCAUCAGCCUUCCUUGCCCAGGGUUCGGCUCUGAACAUCGACCAAGAAAGUCGCGUGCUGCAACUAUCAUCUUUUAGCAUUGACACCGCACUUGUUGAGACGCUCGCAACCCUAAUUCACGGUGGCUGCAUCUGCAUCCCGUCUCCAACAGAGCGCAAGCGAGAUGUUGAUGGUGCGAUCCGACGAAUGGCCGUCACCUGGACCUAUCUGACGCCGAUUCUUGCUAGGCGGCUCAACCCCGUCAAACUUCCGUCGCUCAAGACCACCUGCUUUCGAACCCGUGGACUUGACGAAGACACCUGUGGCCCCUGGAUGGAGCAUACCAAGUUACUCCUGGUCUACGGCUGCCUCGAGAUCUGCCCUCUUGGCAUCUCGGCUUUCGAGGCCAGCAAACGCGAAGACCUACAGCGCGUAGCGCAACCUUUCCUUGGCAAGUUUUGGAUCGCCAACCCCGAAGAUGCGAGCAAGCUCGUGCCCAAUGGGGCCAUUGGGGAACUAUGCAUCGAGAGUCCAAUUAUCGCUCAAAAGUUUGUCCACGGUCAGCCCCUCAAGCCAUUGACGCAGAAGUUGGAGCAAGCCGAGGAUGGGCGCCAGAUGGUUCGCUAUGUCAAGACCAGCCAGAGAGUGCGGUACAUGGAAGACGGAAGCAUCGAACUCCUUCCCAGCUCCCACCAGGACAUGGCUGUGGACGGCAAGGUUGUGGAGUCCGCAAAGAUCGAACAGGAACUCCGUCGCUGCCUCGGACAAGGUGUUGAUGUAGCUGUUGAAGCCGUCGUCUGCAAGGACGGCACCCAGUUACUGGCAGCCUUUGUGCAGCUUGAAAAGUCGUGGGAUGGAUCAGAAGAACUCACUCAUCUGAACGCGGUGACGCGCGAACGCGUUUUCUCCGCCAAGAAGGUUGCGAACCCGUCAUUGCGAGAUAUAUUCCCCACGCACAUGGUUCCCAGAGUAUACAUACCCGUCAAGCGGCUGCCUGUGACGACCGCUAUGAAGAUCAAUCGCCGCAAGUUACAGAAAAUGGUUAAGGAUCUGACGGAGGAACAACUCGCGGCCAUCUCUGGAACCUCACCCGCGCAUCUAGACAGCAGCGUUCGCAUGAAGCCCCUCCCACUAACACAAGUCGAAGAACACAUGCGGUCCAUCUGGGCUGACCUCCUUGACAUCAGCGAAGAUGCUAUUGAUGGCAAACAGACCUUCGUCAAGCUCGGCGGCGGCACGUAUCUCGCCGCCAAGCUAGCCGUUACGUGCAACCGAGCCGGCAUGUCAAUCCACAUCACCGACGUACUGAGGGGGGCUUCCCUCACAGAGCUAUGCCAAAGCGUCACCUUGAGUUCUGAAGCCAUGCUCAACGUCGAUUUAUUGCCUUCGCGGCGAUCUCUGGAUACUUCGUCAGGCACUCUCCUGGACGAGACCUUCAUUGAAGAAGUCAUUAUUCCCCAGCUUGGGGUGGAGCGAAAAGCCAUCAAAGACGUGUGCGAAGCUUUCCCCGCUCAAGUCAGAUCCCUCGAGCUCGGCAUGAUGAAAGACCGUGGCGAUGUCACAUACAUCACUCUAAACAUUGCCCGACUUCAGAGCGUCAAGAAGCUUGAGUCUGCGUGCUUUGGCCUCUGCAUGAUCCAUCCGAUUCUGCGCUCCGUCUUUAUUUCCCAUGAGCGCAAGGUGUAUCAGGUAGCAGUGCGGUCGUCCGGCCCGGACUUCAAAAAACUCCAGUGCCCAAGUUGGAGACUAUCGGGUCUCACAGCCAAGCUGAUCAAGAAGGAUCAGGAAGAGCCUUUGACUCUUGGAAAGCCUAUUACCCGAUUCAUUCAUGUUGAUUCUGGUCACCAGUCGACCUUGAUCAUACGGUUGUCAAAGGCGCAGUGCGACGAAGCGUCGAUUCCCAUACUGAUCCAUGACCUCAAAAGACUUUAUACUGCUACAGAAAAACCACCCAGGAGGCCUACACACUUCGAAUUCAUCAGGUUGGCGCAGACUUCCAACAGAGAGAGCGCAAUGAAGCAUUGGGCCUCGUUGCUUGAGAAUGCCGAGAUGACCCAGGUCGUGCCCCGCGAUGCGCCUGCACCCCUGAGUACGUCUGUAAGGACUAUCCGGGAGAAGGUGUCAAUAACGUCGCUGUCUGGUCUCGGAAUGACCUUGGACACAGUCGUCAAGGCAGCAUGGGCCAUUGUGCUUGCAAACCUGUCCGCGUCCGGAGAUGUGCUUUUCGGUGAGAUUGUCGAUGGUCGCCAACUGCGGCUUGCCGACGGCAGCAGUGUAUCAGGUGUAGUUGGCCCUACAGGUAACACACUCCCGGUUCGUGUCCGUUUCGGCGACGCCUACUGCACCCCGAUGGACAUCCUCCAGACGAUUCAUGGACAGAGAGCACUUGUUAAAUCCUUUGGAAACAUGGACUGGAGGGCUGUGGUGGAGAACUCGCCGAAGAUCCCUCUCUGGACGCCCUUCAGCACUGCGGUGUACCACCAACCGACCGAAGACAAGAAGCAGCCGACUGACUUCAAGCUUGGGAACGCAUCAUGCAAGCUUGUUGUACAGGAGUCUCCCUUUAGGGAUUUGCACGACCUACUUGUCACCUCUAGCCUGCCAAGCCCGACGCGGGCCGAGAUUGCGCUCACGUUCUGUGAGAACCGCAUCCCUAAGACAUUUGCCGACGAGACACUCAAGUAUUUGGUGUCGACAAUCGAGCUUCUUACCUCUGUGUCGAUGAUGCACCCCCUGAUUCCAUCAGCGACUGACUUUGCAACGAUGCGCCCACAACUGCCUUUGCCUCAACCUGACUUCGAUGCCAUUCAAACCCAAUCAAGCGCAGGGCUGCCAACCGAUCUGUCUUUUGCUAUCCAAUCCGUCGUCGCCACAGCCUGGACUAAGAUUCUUGAUCCGCGCUCACUCGGCGUGCCAGAAAAGCAGCUGCACAAUGCUGCCUUCUUCGACUUAUGGGGCAGUCUUAUUCCCGCGUCACAGCUUGCCGAGUACCUGACGCGUGAGCUGCCGCGCAUCGGCAUAGCUGGUCUGGAUGAAGUUCAGAUCAGCAUGGAGGAGAUCAUUGCGAACCCCACAAUGAUGGCGCAGUUUGAGCUCGUCGCACGCAAGAUUCGCGAUAGUCGAGAUGGUGUCAAGAAGCGCCUUGCCGCCACGCAUCAAAAGGGCCAUGGGCGCUCUGCUAGUGACAGCUCCACGGAGUCUCUUGCCCUGAAAAUAACACACCCGCACCUGAACCCGCCCUCGCAAUUGGGAGCCCGGCCCCAACCCAUACACGAGGCGACCUCUGCAGCAGCUGCAGAUCCGGUGGCUGAGAUGGACGGCGACGAGAUUGAGCUAGAUGAGGAGCAACUGUUUGAACACUACAAGAACAGACCCGGACCGCAGCCACUGUCGCUUAUCAUGGAACGAGACGACAGUGGAAGCAGCAUGGAAAGCUUGACAACGGGAACGAGCGAAAGCGACGAAGAGGAGGAUGUUGGAAUGCCGAUGAGCCGCGGGCCCCGAUCUCUUGUAGGCACCGCCAACACAGUAAGCCCUGUGACGCCCGGAGUCAAACAAGGGCACUUGUUUGGACGGAGCAACAGCGGCUUGACAGAGGCCAAGGGGAGUAGCGGGCCUGGCUUGAUGAAGAAGAAAGCAAGCAGCAUGUUCGGAAGAAUGGGACUCAUGGGUCCAGUAGGCGUCAAACAUUAG